CCAUUACUAACAAACUUUUGCUUGUUUCCCUUUGUACAGGAAAUGCUACCAGAGGCCACUCCGUUGCGUUGCAGAAAGCUCAGCAAUCCGGACAUCUUCUCAUCUGCUGGGAAAACGAAGCUCCAUCGUCAGUUAAGUCAAGAUGACUGCAAGCUAAGGAGAGGCAGUCUGGCUGGCUCUUUGUCAGGAAAGCAACUACUCCCUUUAUCAAAUAGUGUCCACAGUGGAGUGGGACAAACAGUAUGGCAGCCCCCUGGAGAUACCUCAAACCUGGUCCGAAUGAGAAAUCAGUCCCUGGGACAGUCUGCUCCUUCACUUACUGCUGGUUUGAAGGAGCUCAGUCUCCCCAGAAGAGGAAGCUUCUGUCGGACAAGCAACAGGAAGAGUUUGAUUGUAACCUCCAGCACUUCUCCAACGCUCCCGCGACCACACUCCCCUCUUCAUGGACACACAGGUAGCAGUCCGUUGGACAGUCCCAGGAACUUCUCUCCUAAUGCACCUGCUCAUUUUUCCUUUGUUCCUGCCCGAAGAACGGAUGGGCGUCGCUGGUCCUUGGCCUCUCUCCCUUCAUCUGGAUAUGGAACAAACACUCCCAGUUCCACCGUUUCAUCAUCAUGCUCAUCUCAGGAGAAGCUGCACCAGCUGCCCUUUCAGCCCACGGCAGACGAGCUCCAUUUCCUGACAAAGCAUUUCAGUACCGAGAGCAUCACGGAUGAGGAGGGGCGCCACUCGCCAGCCUUGCGGCCUCGAUCUCGCAGUCUCAGCCCGGGUCGCUCCCCGAUUUCCUUUGACAGUGAAAUAAUAAUGAUGAAUCAUGUGUACAAAGAAAGGUUUCCAAAGGCCACGGCACAGAUGGAGGAACGACUGGCUGAGUUCAUUGCCUCUAAUGCUCCUGAGAACGUGUUGCAAUUAGCAGAUGGAGUCCUAAGUUUCAUUCAUCACCAGGUUAUUGAACUGGCCAGAGACUGCCUAGAUAAAUCACGUGAAGGUCUUAUUACAUCUCGGUACUUUUAUGAGCUGCAGGAAAACUUGGAGAAACUUCUCCAGGAUGCCCACGAGCGAUCCGAGAGCUCCGAGGUCGCUUUCGUUACCCAGCUUGUGAGAAAGCUGAUGAUUGUCAUCGCGCGGCCGGCUCGGCUGCUCGAGUGCCUGGAGUUUGAUCCUGAAGAGUUUUACCACUUGUUGGAAGCUGCAGAAGGCCAUGCCAAGGAAGGGCAAGGAAUUAAAUGCGACAUUCCUCGCUACAUUAUCAGCCAGCUGGGCCUUACCAGGGAUCCCCUGGAGGAAAUGGCCCAGCUGAAUAGCUAUGACAGCCCAGACACUCCUGAGACAGAUGAUUCAGUUGAGAGCCGUGGCGCCUCUGUGCAGUCAAAGAAAACUCCGUCUGAGGAAGAAUUUGAAAAUAUUAAACUGAUCAGUAAUGGAGCUUAUGGGGCGGUGUAUUUGGUACGACACAAGACCACCCGACAACGUUUUGCAAUGAAGAAGAUCAACAAGCAGAACCUAAUUUUGAGAAACCAGAUCCAACAGGCUUUUGUGGAGAGAGAUAUCUUGACUUUUGCUGAGAACCCCUUUGUAGUCAGCAUGUUCUGCUCCUUCGAGACCAAGCGCCAUCUGUGCAUGGUUAUGGAGUACGUGGAAGGAGGUGACUGUGCUACACUUCUCAAGAACAUUGGUGCCCUACCUGUUGAUAUGGCCAGGAUGUAUUUUGCUGAGACUGUUUUGGCGUUGGAGUACCUGCACAAUUAUGGGAUUGUUCACCGUGACCUAAAACCUGACAAUCUCCUGAUAACCUCCAUGGGUCACAUUAAACUUACUGACUUUGGAUUGUCUAAAAUUGGUUUAAUGAGUCUUACAACUAAUCUCUAUGAGGGACACAUUGAGAAAGACACCAGGGAAUUCCUGGACAAGCAGGUCUGUGGGACUCCAGAAUACAUCGCACCAGAGGUGAUCCUGCGGCAGGGCUACGGGAAGCCGGUGGACUGGUGGGCCAUGGGAGUUAUUCUUUAUGAAUUUUUAGUUGGCUGUGUCCCUUUCUUUGGUGACACACCUGAAGAGCUCUUCGGACAAGUGAUCAGUGAUGAAAUUGCCUGGCCAGAUGGUGACGAUGCGCUGCCUCCAGAUGCCCAGGACCUCAUUUCUAAGCUGCUUCGCCAAAAUCCUUUGGAAAGAAUGGGAACAGGUAGUGCCUUUGAAGUGAAACAGCACCGGUUCUUUAAAGAUUUGGACUGGAAUGGAUUACUUCGACAGAAAGCCGAAUUCAUUCCACAGUUGGAAUCUGAGGAUGACACAAGCUAUUUUGACACCCGCUCGGAACGGUACCAACACCUGGAUUCUGAAGAGGAGGAGGACACAAAUGAUGACGAUCACGUGGAAAUUAGGCAGUUCUCCUCGUGCUCGCCAAGGUUCAGCAAGGUGUACAGCAGCAUGGAGCGUCUUUCCAUCCAUGAAGAGAGGAAGACUCCGCCACCGACUAAGCGGAGCCUAAGUGAAGAAAAAGAUGACCGACUAGACAGCCUUGGUGGCCUGAAGAGUCGGGACCGCAGCUGGGUGAUUGGAUCUCCUGAAAUCCUGCGGAAGCGCCUCUCCAUGUCCGAGUCGUCGCACACGGAGAGCGACUCGAGCCCGCCGCUCACGGUGCGCCGGCGCUGCUCGGGGCUCCUCGACAUGCCCCGCUUCGCCAUCUCGGCCGAGGAGGAGGCCGGCGCGCUGAAGCGGCCGCCGGCCGAGGGGCUGCUGCUGGGCGCUGCGCAGGCCCGUGAGGGGCUGCCCCUGCCCAUCCCCGAGCAGCCCCUGGAGCAAGAGCCGCAGCUCGAGGGCGACACGGGACCCGCCGCGCCAUCCACGGGCGCCAGCAGCACCUCCACGCUGACAGCUGGGAGCACUGCAGAUUUCUCUGAUCCACGCGCUCGCAGUAAUAGCAAUGAAGGCCCAGACUUUACCACUCCAAAAGCCAUCAGCGAUUUGGCAGUGCGGCGGGCACGGCACAGGUUGCUCUCUGGGGAAUCAGGGGAGAAACGUACCUCGAGACCUGUCAAUAAAGUGAUUAAAUCAGCAUCCGCUACUGCCUUGUCUCUCCUGAUUCCCUCAGAUCACCACACGUGUUCCCCAUUGGCUAGUCCAAUGUCACCUCAUUCUCUCUCCUCAAACCCAUCUUCGAGGGACUCCUCACCCAGCCGCGACUUUUCUCCUGCUAUCGCAAACCUGAAACCACCAAUCAUCAUCCAUCGGGCUGGAAAGAAAUACGGUUUCACUCUCCGUGCCAUUCGCGUCUAUAUGGGUGACAGUGAUAUCUACACUGUGCAUCACAUGGUCUGGCACGUGGAGGAGGGCGGGCCGGCUAACGAAGCGGGCCUGCGGGAAGGGGAUCUCAUCACGCACGUCAACGGAGAGCCCGUCCACGGCCUGGUGCACACGGAGGUGGUGGAGCUGAUCCUGAAGAGUGGGAAUAAAGUGUCCAUCUCGACCACGCCAUUUGAGAACACGUCCAUCAAAGUUGGGCCAGCCCGAAAGGCCAGCUACAAAUCCAAGAUGGCUCGGAGGAACAAGAAAAGCAGAACUAAAGAUGGGCAGGAAAGUAAGAAGAAGAGUUCUUUGUUCAGGAAGAUCACUAAGCAAGCAUCGCUGCUUCACACCAGCCGUAGUUUGUCUUCUCUAAACCGCUCGCUCUCUUCUGGAGAAAGUGUACCUGGUUCUCCAACUCACAAUCUGUCUCCUCGCUCACCUACACAGAGCUACAGAUCCACACCCGAGUCUGUGCAUUCAGUUGGUGGCAAUUCUUCCCAGAGCAGCUCUCCCAGCUCCAGUGUCCCAAAUUCUCCAGCCAGCUCCGGACACAUCCGACCCAGUUCUCUGCAUGGCCUGGCACCCAAGCUCCAAAGGCAGUACAGAUCUCCGAGGCGUAAAUCUGCAGGAAAUAUCCCUCUGUCGCCACUAGCUCACACUCCCUCACCAACACCACAGUCCACAUCUCCACAACGCUCCCCUUCCCCUCUUCCAGGGCAUUCAGUUGGCAGCUCCAGUAUUAUUCAGUCGUUUCCAGUGAAACUACACUCCUCUCCACCACUGGUAAGACAAAUUUCUCGGCCGAAAAGUGCUGAGCCCCCAAGGUCUCCUUUGCUGAAGAGAGUCCAGUCGGCAGAAAAACUGGCAGCCUCCCUGUCAUCUUCUGAGAAGAAGCUGGGUUCCUCACGAAAGCAUAGCCUGGAUAUCUCUCAUUCGGAAUUUAAGAAGGAAAUGCUGCAGAGGGAUCCUAGUCUCCAGAGCUUACAAGAAUCAGCAAAUGAAACAGCAAGUGGAAAACUUGGACUAGCAGAAAAAGUGAUGCUGCAGAAGCCAGGCUCCAGGAAGCUGGGUGCUAUUCGACAAGACAGGGUGGAGAGGAGAGAGUCUCUGCAAAAGCAGGAGGCCAUAAGGGAAGUAGAUUCCUCGGAAGAUGAAACGGAUGAUGGUUCAGAGGACAGUCAGGAUGGAAGAAGACUGGACAAGCCACCUGGCAGUGGAGACCGAGGCUCUGAUUCUUUUAACGAGGAUAAAUUUUCUUCUAAAUUAGAAAGCAAAGAUAGUAUUGAAGAUGAUGCCUUUCUGCCCGAAGAUCCAAAAGGUACAGAAGAUUUGCAAAAGGUAAAUAAUCAGCAAGCCAAGGCUGUUUCAGAGCUGCUGCAAACCAGUGUGCAGCCUCCCCCAUCACAGGCCCUCCCAAGAACUUCUGCAGAGAAAUUGCCUAUCUUACCUAGCUCAGAAAAGCCAUUCCUAAGACCAGAAGCUACUGCAAAGGAGCAUAAAGUGCCAGAAAACAAAAAAUUGGAACAUUUUAGUCAAGAAGACAAAUCUCAUGAAGCAAUCAAAGACUUAGGGAAAACUACUAGUACUCCAAAACCAAUAGAUCAUACUGAACACAUAGAGCGUCCAUCCACGAAACCUCUUAAACUUGAACAAGGUGACUCUUCAGGGGCCUCCUGUGCUAAACUUGACCUGAAGGACUCUCUGCUACCAGAAGUCAGUCAGAAAAACCAUGACUCGAAACCUCUGCUCGUUCUUUCUCCAUGCUGCACGGCGAGCGUGAGCGUGACGCUCUCAGCGAGCCGCGGGGACGGCCGCGCCGAGGGCCGCACGGAGACGCUGCAGCCUGUGGAGCACAGCAGCCCCUUCCUGCACCCGGGAAGCAGGAGUGAAACGUCCCCCAGAAGUGCCAGUCCUGAAGGAAAGCAGCCCAGCUUGGUGCAGACGGAGAGUGGUUCAGCUGCUGGCAGAAGGAGCCAGGGCAGCGCCGCGGGUGCCGCGGCCUCGCCGCUGCCUGUGCCCAGCGCCGCCGAGGGAGCGCGCGCCGUGUCCCCGCCAGCGCCGCCUGCGCAGAGCGGCCUGGGCCCUCUCAGGCUCAGUGUGGCCUCACCUGGCGAGCUGGAGAAGAGGAAGGAUUGCCACCAUUCGGGUGCAACCUGUAAAGAGGAGAGGGAUUCCAAACAGAAAAAGCAGGAAGCUUUGCAAGCAGGAGCAGGACAAGAGAGAGCCAAACCUCCCAGCACGGGCCGCCUGACCACCAGGAGCGGCUCCUGCAUGGAGUCCUUGCACUCCGCAAAGACCUGGGAGGCGGCGUGUCCCGCGGCGGCAAAAAAGGAGCCAACCUUUUGCAGUUCCAAGUCAUCGGAAGCCUUGGGAAGCAGCUGCAAAAGCGCCUCCUCCAAGGAGCUCUCGCACGCGCUGGGACAGCCCGUCCUGGGGGCCUCUCCUCGGCCAGAUGGCAGCGCGAGGCCCUGUAAGGACGGGACUGGCGCGCAAGGAGGGAGCAGAGAGGCUGCAGGUCAGGUGAAAGGGCGAGAGCCUCCUGCGUCCUGUGACGGUGCUGGCAGGAAAACAUAGCAGCAUCCCUCGCACACCCGGACUGGAGCGUCCCACAUUCAGAACAGAGACUGCAUGUUUGAAUUUUGUAAUAUACACUAAUAUAAAAUAGAACUUGUGUACAUCUAUUUUUGGGAGGGUUUUUUUCAUACUGUUUUUUGUGUUCCUUUUUUCAUUCUUGCUAUUCUAUUUUUGUACACAGUAAUGCUUGCCAUUUGAGGUCUCUUUAGAACAGGGUAUCUUUAAAGCAGGGCUUAAGAAACAGUUUGCUGAUUCUUCUCCCUUCCCGCCCUUUUAUUUUGCUCUGAGUUUAGAGCCUGUUUUGCUCUUUCUCCAAUUCUGUGUUGAGAUCCCCAAAUUCUGAGUGCAAAGAAAGGCAGCUUACUUCAAAAUCUUUGCUUUUCAACCCCUCUCUUUAAAAUGUCAUUGAAAUUCAGAAAUCGCAAGUAUUUGCUGUGAAUUUACAGGCCAGUUUCCCUUGACAAAGUGGACACAAAUUUCUUGUCCAUGAGUUAGUCUGGAAAUACAAACCCUCUUCAGUGCUACCAGGGGAACAGAGAGAGGAUUAUUCCUAUGUUGCCUUUAAACCAAGUGCAAAUGGUUUUCGGUGGAAUUAUCAGAGGGAAAAGCUGUUUUUUGGUGGGAGGAGGUUGAUUGUUUUCGCUUAUCCUUUAUGGGACACAAGGUGACUCUUUCCCCUGCGUUUUUAAAAUUUUAAUGACAUUUUAUCUUCUCUUCUCUGGCUUCAGUUUGUAACUUGCCCCGCCUCGGAAUAAAUGACCCCCAGGAAGGGGGUGCCUUGUCGGUUGAUUUUAAUAUAGGGAAAUUUACAGUCAUGUGUUCUUCGAAAUAUGACUUGGGCAAAGUUACCCCAGUGAUAAAUGAGCUCUGGAGACUUUUCCUUCUCUUGGUGAGUCUACAUAGGUAGGGAUUUUAAGGUGUUUCUUAAGAGUUUUCAACUAGGGGUUGGAAAACACACCAAGUUUUCCAAAUCUGCCUGUUUUUAAUAAAAAAAGAGAAGAAAUCUUUGAGGAGUCCUGACUCCUAGAGUUCUGUGGAGAAGCUGCAAGCAGACUUCAAAACACACGCGUUAUUUCAGGGUUUCAGCUUUGACAGCUGGGUCAUUUCCACUGCUGAGGUCACUUGGUUCCUUUAAAAACUCCUCCCCGCUCUUAGGUCUAGACAUUGCUCUGCUUUAAGCGUGACCAGCUCUGGGUAACAGUGCUCUUGGCUGAGGGUUAGAUCAAUAAUAACACACCAGUAAACGUGCUGAGUGGUGAUGCCUCUCGCCCCGUAAGCCAUUUCUUCAUCCAAUUAAAGGCUGCUGUUGAUGAACACUCCGGUCAGUUCUCCCAGAUCGUGCUCAGCUUCUGUUCUAGUCUUGUCUUGAGUAAGUCUCCCUGUGGAUCACCCGCAGUAUCUAGUCCUGCUCACUGGCUUACUCUGUGAGAAGCAGAGUGACUGUGCAACAGUAUCCCAAGGCUAAAAUCUGCAUCUGUGGGUCUGGUCUCAUUACACUGCUGCCUUUUCCCUCUUUGAAACUUGAAGUUUUGAUUCACUUUCCCUAAAUGUAAAUAGUUUUUUGUUUUUUUUAUAUAUAGGAAUAUAUUUUUUCCAUCUCUUUCGACUUGAUUUCAACUCAAGCCACAGAUCACAAAGAAUAUCUGUAAUCUUGCCCUGUCCCUUUCUGUAUAACCAUUUUUUUUAAUCCAUAUUUGAUUUUUGGCUGCUUGGAUUUCAUUUCUGGACCAAGUUUUGAUUUGGUGUGAGCUCUUCUUUAACAUGUUUAAACUAGUGUUUACGCUGUGUGUCUGUGUGAACAUGUAUGAUGUUUUAAUACACUAGCAAAAGCCUCAAAGCUCCCAGAUAACAUGUAAAUAAAUCUUGCUGUGACAGUAUUGAGAGCAGGGCCUGCUGGACUGUCUCUUUGCUCUUCCUGCUGGAAUUUGUAGGCUAUUUGUAUACACUCAGUUUGCAGUUAUAAGCCACAAUUUUUCCACCAUCCUCUCAGGGUUCUGGGCAUUUCCAGCCUUUGAAAGGACUCUUGC